AUGCAAUCUUAAUUUGUGGAUUAAAAAUUAGCAGACAUUAUAGAUGAUAUUAAAGCCGGAGUAUAUGAGAACGAUCAGGAAAUUUCUAAACAUAUUUAAUCUCAUUUGGAUUAAUUUGAUGAUUAAGAAAAAGUACUUAAACUAAAUUUUCUAAAUAAUUAAUUGUAGGAACAUAGUUGCUUAGAUACUAUUAAUAAAUCAUAUAAUUUUCAAUCAAUUUCUUAAGUUAAUAUCUAAGAAGAAGAUUAUUUAGAAAUAUAUUAAAAUGCCUUGUCUUCUAAAUAAUAUAAUAUUAUUUUAGAGAAAUUAAAUAAUGUUCAAUUUUGCGAAUGCAAUAUGAUACCUUAAUAAGUAAAAAAAUUCUCAAAGAUAGCUUAAUUAAAUGAAAAGGCUUCUAUGAUUUUUGAUCUUAUUGAAACUUAAAAAAAUAAAAAAUAAAUUAGUUUUGUAAGGUAUCUACACUUAUUAAUUGAAUUAUUUUAUUUAGGAAUUAAUUUUGAUAAAUCAAUCCAUGAUUUAGUUGGCUCUCUGCUAGUAGAAGAAAUUUAAGAAUUCGAUUAUUAUUUGCACACCGUUUAAUUAUCAAAUAAAAUCGGCUUUUCUAAAAUGGUUAAAUUAUUAUAAGAUAAAUAAUGUAAGAUUGUAUUUUAAGAUGACUUGAGUAGUUUAAAAGAUGAUUUAGAAUAUCCUUAGAUUUAAUUUUUAUUUCAAUUAUUAUCUUAAAACUUUUAAGACAUGCUUAAGAAUUUAAAAAAAUUUAUUUAAACUUUGAUAAAUAAUACGAAUGAGUUAUCUGAAAAAUAAAAUUUGAUUGAAUAUUUCUCUUUAACCGAAAAUUUUGAUGAUAAUUUCGAUUUUUUGUAUUUUAGUUUGAUUCUAUUUUUUUGGGGUUAAUAUUUUUAAUCUUCAGGUUUGGUUGAUUCAAUUAAAUAAAUAUAUGAGAAGAUUAAUAAAUCAAAACUAAAAAAAGAAACAUUUGAAAGGAAUUUUAAGAAUUUGAAUAGUACUUCCUUUGACAAAAUCUUGCAAAAUUUUUUAAAAAAAGUUAUUUAUUUUGAAUUUAAGGAAGAUUCAAUUGAGAAUAAUUGUUUCUAAAUAUUUUUAACAUAAUAAAAAGAAAAAGAGAUAAUUUGUUGUGAUAUAAUGAAUUAAAGAAUGCAAGAGAUAAUUUAAUUGCCAUCAUAAAUUUUUGAAUAGUAAUGGAUUCAGAUUUAAUCUUUGAUGUAUUUUUAAUUAAAAAAAAACUCAAGUCUUUAAAGCGAUUAAUCAUGGAAAUUUAUAUCAACAAAUAUAUAUUCAAACAGAAUACAAAAGAUGAUUUAAAAUAUUUUUUAAAUUGAAACUAAAAUAGAUUUAUAAUAGUAAUUAAAUUGGGUGAAGGAUUAAUUUAAAGAAGAAAAUUUUAUUUUUUAAAUAAAUAUCUUAACUCUUAUAUACUUAAUAAAUUUUUCAAACAGUUAAGGCGGCUAAAAUUUUAAAUUUCUAUAAAUCUGGCGUCACAAUUAAACUAUUAAUUAGUUUCCUCAAAAAUAGAUCAUAUCAAUUGAAAAAUUCAGUAUCUCAUUUGCCAAAGUAGAUAAAAGCGAUGAAUAAAUCAUAAAAGAAUGGAUAACUAAUUCUAAGUAUAGUAAUAAGUUUCUGUAACUGCUCCCUUAACUAUUUAAUAUAAUUAAAAGAGGAGAAUCUCCUGAUAGUUUCCUAACAUUAAUUCAUUCUAUCAACCAAUAGGUAAGACACUGUAAUAAAUUUCCUUUUUCUUUAAAUUUGAAGGCUUUAUUUUAAAUCCUUUAUAAUAAUUCUAAUGAUGAAUUAAAAGUAAUUCUAAUAAAAUUAUAGUCAAAAAGAUAUCCUGUACCUUUCAUCUAUUUAAAUCCUUAAGUUAUAAAUCCAUAUAAAUUAGAUGAUCGUUAUUAUUUAAAUAAAAACAUUUUCUAUCUUUUAUCUGAUCAAUAUCCAAUUAUAAAUCUAUCUUUAAGCAAGAUAUAAAAAUAAAUAGGAAAAACUGAUUUAAUUAAUAAAAUUUUUUAUAAAGUUACUAAAUUUGAAGUGAGUGAUACAUCUGAUAUAAAUUAAAAUACUGUAGAUAUGAUGUUUGAUUUUGAAUUCAAUGGCACUCGAAAUUUUCUAAUUGCAGAUGUGCACGGAUUUUUAGAUUAUGAUUUAUUAAUUAAAAUAUUACCUUUUUUCAAAUUUUGGAUAAUUUAGAUGAAAUAAGACUCAGAGUUAGAUGAGAAUAGAAAUUAUGUUCAAAAGCUACUUAAAUAGUUAGAAAUCAAUCCAUUUAUAUGUUAUAUAAUUAGAGAUGCCAAGGAAAAAAAUUAGGAAAUUUAAAAAAGUAAAAAUCAUGCAAUUUUAAAAAUUAAUAAUCUUUUAUUAAUGGAUCAAUAACAAUAAAAUGGAGAAAUUUCAUAUUUAAGAAAAUAAAUACUAUAAAUGAUUAUUUAGGAUUAAAAUGAUUUUUAAAAUACUUAAGAAUAAUUUCAACAUAUGCUGUAAUUAUUUUCAUCAGAUAAUUUUGAAGAAAUUUAAUAUAUAUCAGAUCAUUUUUAAAAAUUAGAUGAAUAGAUGAAGAUUAUAUCAAAAAGUUCAAAGGGUUUCUAUAGUCCAGAUGCAUUCCUUAUGAGAUCAAUUGAUUACGAAAUUAGAUAACAAUAAUAGAUAGAUUAGAAUUUAAAUUAAAAAGUUUUCUUUUAAGAAAAGUUAAGUUUCGCAUUAAAAAAUCAUUCAAAUUUAAUUUCAAAGCAAGAAUUAUUAGAUAAAUAGAUGUAAUACGAAAAACUUGAUAAUUCAAUUAAAAUAAUAUAAAAAGAAUCAACAGAAAAAUAAAAAGAAAUAAGUUAACUUUAAGAAAAAUUACAAUAAGAAAAUAUAUCUCCCCUUAUGAAUUAUUUUGUUGAUAUUUUUAGGCAAAAGAAUUCUUAUAUAAUAUAUCUUGCAUUUUUGGAGAAGAUUAGAAUAUUUAAUAUUAAAUCUUGUGAACAAUUUUAAUAAGAAUCAUCAAUUUAAAAAAAAUAGCAAUUAGAAUAUUUCAAUAAUAUAAAUAUUGAAUUGUUUUGGAGAGAAUUUAUAAAAAUAAGAAAAUUUUAAAAUUUGAAUGUAUUAGAUAUAAUGGGUAAAUUAAUUUAAAAAGGAGAACCUAUUGAAUUUUUAAAUGGCGAUGAUUUUACAAUUGAUUAUAAGUUAUUCCAAGAAUUAGGAGAUUAUCUUAAAUUAAAGGAAAUUAAGGUUCUUGUAAUAAGCAUUUUAGGUCCAUAAAGUUCUGGAAAAUCAACAUUAUUGAAUAAAAUAUUUGGGUGUCAUUUUUUAACAAGCAUAGGUAGAUGUACAAAAGGAAUUUACAUUUAAAUGUUAAAUGUAUAAAAUAAAAAUUAAUUUGAUAUUGAAUUUGAUUACAUAUUAUUGUUAGAUUCAGAAGGACUACAAAAUCCUAAUUUAUAGGAUACUGAUUAUGAUAAAAGGUUAGCAUUAUUUAUUUUUUCUAUAAGUGACAUAGUAAUUAUUAAUGUAAAAGGAGAGCUUAAUUUAUAAUUUAGAAAUUUGAUAGAAAUAUGUAUGUUCACUUUUCAGUAGAAUGACUUGAAUUUUUCUAUUAAAAAAUAGAUUUCAUGGUGCUUUAAUUAAAAUAGUCAAACCAAUGAUAAAAGUAAGUUAUUAAUUCAAAUUGAAGAUAUUACCAAAUAUUUAUAAAAUGAUAAUAAAAUAAAUUAGGAAGAAAAAUAAUUUUAAAAUAUUAAAUAUGAUUAGAUUUUAGAUCUAAAAAUUGAAAAUAUAGAAAUUUUGGGAAUAGCUUCUUUUCCAGAGAAGUGGAAUGAAGAAUAUAAUAAUAUUUGGACAUAAGAAAAACAUGUUGAAUCUUAUUCUAAUGAAGCAUAUAAAUAUGGAUAAAAUAUCAUUAAGAAAUACAUCUAAAAAUUAUUAGAUUAAGGAUCUGAAUUGUAAACUUGGAGUUCUUUUAUAAAAAAAGUCAAGCAAGAUUGGGAUUUGGUUUCAAAAUUACCAGACUUAAUAGAAUUUUCGGAAAUGAAAGAAUACAAUGAACAUCAAAAUUUGGACAAAAUUUUAUCUGAAUUAUUUGAAGAAUAUAAUUUUCAUACAAGCAUUCCAAAGAUAGAAAAUACAGAUAACUUUUGCAAUUUAGAAUAAUUUUAAAUUUUAUAAAAUGAGUAGGAGCGAAAUUUAAAAUAAAAUAAUGAUAUCAUAAGUUAAAAAAUUCUUUAAAAAUUAUAAAUAUAUUGUCAAUAAAAUUAAAUCUCUAAAAAAUCCUAACAGAAGAUUGAAUAAAAAUUAAAAGAUAUUAAGUUUAAAUUGGAAAAUGAAGGUUUAUUUAUCAUUUAAUAAUAAAUUCAUAAAUUAAAAAAUAAAAUGAUCUACCAACACAUAAAUUAAAAGAUUAUCCAAGACUAUAGAUAAAUCGAAAGAGAACCAGAAUAGUUAAAAUAUUUUCAGUCAAAUGAGGAAUAAAUAUUUUUGAAAUUUGAAGAUAUUUGGAAGAAUUAUAUGACUGAUACUUUAAAGGUUAAUCAGUAAAGAUUUGAAGAUUUUUCAACUAAUUUAUUGACUUUGAUUAAAAAGCUCAAUUAUAAAUAUUCUUACAAUUUUUAAAAUGAGGAAAUAUACAUUAAUAAAUUUAAAGAAUUUAUUUAUUAAUAAUUGGGUGAAGAUGAAUUAAAAUAGAAAAGUCUUGAUAUUUUUUAAAUAUAUUUAUAAGAAUUAGAAUAUGAUGUUUUAUCAGAAGAAUCACAUUCUUUUGACUAUAAACACAUAUUCAAUUCAAAUUUAUAAAUAAGAUUUGAAAAUUUUUAUAAAAUGUUUAGCGAUAGUCAAACUAUUAUUUAACCAAAAUAAUUUUUUUACCAUACCGAAGUUUUUCAUGUAAUGAAAAAAAAAUAAGUAUAAAAAUACAUAAAAAAUGAAUUAUUGAAAGAUUUUAUAAAUAUAAUUACAAGUAAGAAGAGAGAUUAGAUUAUUUAAGAAAUAACUUAAAUAUUUUAUUUGUUUGAAAAGGUUUAAAUAAAUUAUAAUACAACUGAGAAAGCUAAGCUGUUGCAAUCUAUUGAUUAAAGGAAAUCUUUUUCGAGUUAUUCUUAUUUUAAUCAAUUUAGAUAAUCGCAUUAACCUCAUUUUUCUGAAAUGAUAUAACCCAGAAGCUUAAUAACAUCUACGAAUGAAGAUAAUUUUGAUGGAGUUUUGACAUAGUUAGAAAUACUAAUUUAAACGAUAGAUAUAAACGACAAACCUCAGAUAAAUAAUUUUAGCUAUUAAGAUCAAAAGUCUUUAAAAAAAACUCUCCCAAAACUAUUUUUGCUUUUAGAAGAAGAAGUAUUAAUAGAUCAAGAUAAUGGCUGGAUGAACGAAUAUAUAAUACUUUCAAAAUAACUAGAAUAUAAAAACAAAUUUAAAAGAGAUGAAAAAUUUUACCCUUAUUUUGAAUAUAUUAAAAAAAAAACUUCUAAAGAAAUGGACUACAAAAAAUUUAAAGAAGAAUUUCCAAAAAUUUUUUAAAAAAUCAUACAAGAAAGAAAUAGCUGGAAAAAUAUGUAUUCCCUUAUUUAUGAUUCAAUAGUUUUGGAAAUAAAAAAGGUUUCAAGGUUAGAUAAAAUAGGAAAUAAUUAGUAUAAUUUAAAUUUUAUAACUUAAACAAUGUAAAAAGUAGAAAGUUUAGUCAAGAAUUUUAAUUAGUAAUUUGCUUUUUUUGGAGUUAACCUCAAUUAUUUAUCUUAGAGAAAACUUUAUUAUUAUUCAAUAGUAAUAAUCUGGUUAUUUAUAAGCCAUGAAAAUUAUAAAUAAUUAAGAGAUGAAGAAAAUUAAUUUGGAAACAAAAGAUAAAACUAAUAUCUAAUUUAUUCUAGUUUAAUAUUAAAUGACAAAAAAAAAUUGAGUACUGAAAAAUCUAUAGAAUUUGCAAAAUUUGUAUGGGAAUAAUUUUAGAAUAAAUUUUAAGAAGACAAGAUAGAAAAUCUUCUAUUAUAUAUUAAACAGAAAAAAACCACAUCAAAGAAACUAAUUGAAAAAUUAGAUGAAAAAAUUUUAGACAGAACAUAAAUUGAUGAAUAAACAAUUACUUAUGUUUAAAAAUAAGUAGAGUUUAUCUAAAAUUAUUCACAAUAAUAUAUUGAAAGUUUAGAAGAAGAAAUUUAGAAGUUUUAUUCAGGAAAAUAGUUUUUGUGUUAAUGCUUAACAAUGGUAAUUGAUAAUUGUAAAUAAUUAUUGAAUAGGAUUUUAAAUUUAAAUUCAAGCAAAAAAAAAUUAUUAGUAGAUUAUGUUGAAGAUAAAAAUUUUAAUUAGGAUAUAAUUCUAUUUGAAACAAUAUUGGAUUUUAUUUAAGGAAAAAACAUUUAAAACAUAGAUUUAUUAGAAAUGAAAGAUGUUUUUCAAUCUGACAUACUAAUUAAAAUAGAUAUUCCUAGAAUAGAUAAAUAUUUGUAAUAAAGUAAUUUAUAAAUAUAUGAUAUCGAAAUAUUUCUAUAAGAAUUCAUAAAUGAAAUAGAACAUUUUAUGAAUGAUGAUUCUAAAGUAUCUUUUAGUCUCUUAAAUGAUUAAUAUGUUAGAAUACAAUUGAAUAAUUUAGGCUCCGAUUUAAUUGGAUGCAUAUAAAGUUGUCCAUUCUGUAAAAGAAAAUGUGAUGAAGAAGAUUAUAAAUAGGAACAUAAACAUAGAUGUAAUAAUGGACAUCAGUUGAGAGGUAUUUAUAUAUCUGAAUAUUUAGGAUUCAAUUUUUUUAAUAACAGAUAGCGUCCUUUAACUUAUAUGUGUGAUGAAAUUAAAGACGAACAUAAAAUAACAAUUUAGGAUGAUUAACAGGAAAUGUAAUGGAAGGAAUUAAAAUAAAAAUAUCCUGAAUGGAGAUUUUUAACUCUUGAAUAAGAAAAAAUAAUUUUAAAUAAAAAAAAAAUGAUGAAACUUUGGAAUAAUGGAAUGGGAUAAAGAAUAUGUUAACAAUUAAGUAAUCAAUCUAAUUAAGAAAUAAUUUAUGAACCAAUUUUGGAAUUAAAAUAAAAUGUAAAUCAUUAUAUAUUUAUGCUUCAUAAUUCAUAAGAAGACUCAUUUAAUUAUUCAAUCAAUAAUGAUUGGUAAGAGAUAAUUUAGGAAGUGCAACAAUUUUAACAGGAAAUGUUAAAUUAUUAAGUAUAAAAAUAACAAAGUAAAAAUUUUUUAAAAAGAAUUGUUGUGUUUUUUUCCUAAUUAUUUGAUCAAAAGAAUAAUUAAAGUAAAUUUAGUUUCAUUAAAUUCGAUCAAACAGCUAGACUUUAUAUAAAUGGUGAUAAAACUAAUACUAAAAAAAAUUAAAUUGAACCACUUUAAUCUGGAGAUUUUGAACCCAAUUAUGCAAACGCAUUUGAUUUGGCUCAUUUAUUAAUUAAAAAUCACAUUGAAUUUUAAAAGUAUAUUCUAAAUUUUAUUUAGUACAAUAAUUUUAAUGUAUUCAAAUGCUUAAGCUCCCUAUCCUGAAGCAGAAAUAGAAAAAAUUUGUAGCUUAGAUGAUGAAAUAAGAAAAAAAAUUUUUUUUAUUGCAUGUACGAAAGAAUUUCGUAAUUCAGGGCUAGAAAAAAUAGUGAAUAAGUUAAAUACUAAAUUAUAUUCUGCUGAAUUGAAAACAAAAAUAGAACCAUAAAAUAUAUGCCAUACUUGGCUAGAAAUGAUGAAAUAGUCUAAUCAUAUACUUGAAAUAUGA